UCACUACAAUACCUUAUUAUUAUCUCUUCACCUAUAUCUAUAUAUCUAUAUCUAUAUAUAUAUAUACACAUCAAAGUUUAUAUAUACAAAAAUGGUGGGAGCUAGAAGCAUGCAGCUGGAGUCGUUGUUAAGUUGUUAUUUGUAGUAUUGUAAUAAUGUCAUCCAUGGAGUUCUUGGCAAGAACUGGACGCCAUAGACAACGAUAUCACAACAAUCUUCGCCUUGUUUCAGGAUGCAUUCCUUACCGGUUGACCAAAGAUGAGGAAGAAAAUUACAGCAUACAAGUUCUUAUGGUUUCUUCACCAAAUCGAAAUGAUUUAGUGUUCCCAAAAGGUGGAUGGGAAGACGAUGAGACUCGUGAAGAGGCUGCUUGCCGUGAAGCUCUAGAGGAAGCAGGGGUCAUAGGAAUUCUCAGAGAAACUCCAUUAGGAGAAUGGGAAUUCAGAAGCAAGAGCAGAGAGAACAAUUGCAGCAUGGAAGGUGGCUGCAAAGGCUAUAUGUUUGCAAUGGAAGUCACUGAGAUACUCGAAGCCUGGCCAGAGAGGCAAAAUCGUGAUAGAAGAUGGCUAAAAAUUAAUGAGGCAUUUGAGUUGUGCCGCUAUGAAUGGAUGCGCGAGGCACUGGAGGCGUUUCUAAGAGUGAUGGCGGCCGAGUUGGAGGAGGAGAAGGAGACGGACAAAAAAGAAGACGAGAUAAAAGCAGUAUCAGAUGCUCGUCAAGUUGUGGAAGAUUGUCAAAUGGUGUCUUCUUCUUCUUCUGAUUGUAGUGUUGUAAAGGGUUCAAGUUCUAGUACCAGUCACCAUGUUAUUAGCCAUUCAAUUGGCAUAUGCCUUGCCUCUGACAUGAGUUUGAAUCCUGGUGGAGGUUCAAAAGAUCUCUUUCUAUAUAAUUGUGUCAAAGUAGACUCUCAAUUGUAAAUUAGUGUAGUAGUGUACAACAACUUUUUGCUUAAUAGUCAAUUGUCAAUAGUGGUGUUAACUUGAACUUUCAGGACUGUAGUUAUGUCUGAAAUUUGAGUCUUGAAUUAGGCCCAAGAACCUUAGUUCAAAAAAAAAAAAAAAAAAUAGUGGUAUUAACAUGAUUUUGUCUUUCUUUUUAUGAAUAAUAAAAAAAAAGAUAGUGUGGUGCUAAUUUUAUUGUUA